AUGGCUGCCAGCUUAGGCGCGACGGCAUUAGGUGAAGUGCAUCAUGAGGGGCUGGACGAGCUUCUACAUGAUCUUGCCAAUGUCUAUCCUGAAGACGAAUUUCAAGGACCGUCACUAGGCGUCCCAGUCCUCGAUGCGCUAGUUGAAGUCUUCAUGUUGAGGACUAUGGGCCCUGUCCCUGAUCAUCACCACCAGAAUAUGCAGGAUCUGCCCCCGUCAUUGCUGCAAGGGCAGCAACCCGAACAGGGACAGGAGCCGAAUGAAGCUGACGAGGAGAUGCUUUUCACCGAUGAGUUCGGCGAUGCCGCAUUUGAUGAGCAAGUAGCCCAGUCCAAUCUCAUCUUCUUGGAUUCUGCCUACCGAAGAAAGCGGCCAAUACCCACCGUAGAGAUUUCCAGCAGUCUUUCAGGUGCUGGUAAAUCACAGCUACUGUAUUACAUGUCCGCGCGCGCGGUUUUGCCUCGCGAGUAUGGCAAUAUCCCCAUCGGCGGACAAGGUUCAGCCGUGGUUUUCAUCGAUGCCGAUGAUUGUUUUGAUGUAUGCAGGCUGCAGAUGGUAGCUCGGGGAAUUGUACAGCAGGCACGGGAGUCUCUGCACUCGAAUACUUCAAAGACUACAGAAGAUGAACCCCCUGCAAAGAUACCUGAUGAUGAAGUGGAAGCUAUGAUUUCCUCCGCGCUAAAACACGUUCAUAUCUUCCGUCCACAAUCAUCCUCUGCGCUUCUGGCUACACUUGCCAGCCUGGAUGCAUAUCUUUAUGAUAUUUCUCGUCAUUACUCUGCGUCUUGUCCGCUGCAGAUGAUUGCCAUUGACAGCGCCACGGCCUUCAUCUGGCAAGACAAACUGCGUGACAGUCUCGCUCGAGCCGAGGAUUUAGGACGUUCUCGAGAAGAGAAUGACAAAUUACGAGAGCUGAAGCAGAGCUUCCAUUCCAUCGAUCUUUAUGCUGAGAUUGUCAAGGAACUGAAGCGCCUACAGGCCCUAUUUGGCUGCACGGUUGUCUUCACAACGACCGUCACUGGGUUCCGGCCGAAGAACAUCAAAGAUGACCAAACUGGUCCUCUGGGCCCUUAUGACACACCUGUAUCUCGGACCCCGGCUCUCCAGCCUGCUCUCCCGGCGCCGUGGGGUGAAUUCCCCCUUCUGCGUCUGGUUGUCCAGCGAGAUGCUGUUCGUUCGUUCCCACCUGCGAUGAGUGCGCAUGAUGCCAGGAAUGAUGCUCCUAUGCGGCAAAGCGCAGUUCGCCAGGGCAAGUUCUCGACCUAUGUCAAUGCCUGGAGACAAGAGGAAUGGCCUCGCCGGGUUAUAGACGGCCUCCGGCCCUAUGGCGAUGGAAGUUUUGCAUUUUAUGUCCGAGAAAAUGGCAUCGAGAUCCCUCUGCCUGGACAUGAUAAAGCGAAUACAUGA